AUGGUGGUCCUCAGCGCAGCCAUCACCACCCGAUCGGGGAAGCCCAUCCUCGCCCGACAGUUCCGUCAGAUGCAAAGGUCGCGAGUCGAGGCUCUCCUGGCAUCUUUCCCCAAACUCGCAGAUACGGCCUCGCAGCACACCACUGUCGAACAGGACAAUGUUCGCUUCGUCUACCAGCCACUGGACGAGCUGUACAUGGUUUUGAUCACCAACCGCCAAUCCAACAUCCUCCAAGACAUCUCCACACUCCACCUAUUCGCACAAGUUGUCGGAUCGAUAUGCAAGAGCCUCGACGAGCGCGAAAUUGCACGAUGCGCCUACGAACUUCUUUCCGCCUUCGACGAGGUCGUAACGCUCGGUUACAGGGAGAACUUGACUCUGAGCCAGAUCAAGACGUUCCUGGACAUGGAGUCGCACGAAGAGCGCAUUCAGGAGAUCAUUGCCCGCAACAAGGAGCUUGAGGCUUCAGAAGAGCGGAAACGCAAGGCGAAGCAGUUGGAAAUGCAGCGCAAGGAAAUGUCUCGUGCUGCGAGAGUCGGCAGUGGCAGCAUGGGAGGCAUGCCGAGGACACCCAACUAUCCCACGUACACUCCACCGCCCGCUGCUCCCAGCAUGACCGACUCUUACGACUCGUACAACGCUGCUAAGAAUCAGACCUUCAACAAGCCGCUUGCUACACGAGGAAAGGGAAUGCAGCUGGGCAAGAAGAAGACUACCAAUACCAUGUUCGAGCAGGUUCGCGGCGACCUGGGCCCAGAAGCGGAGGCUAGUGCACCGCUGGCUGGUGUACCUACUCCAGCUGCUCAGCCUAUUCAACCGUCCGUACCUGCGACAAGGGGCAGCAUCGACAGAGAAGGCAUUCAUGUCACAGUCGCCGAAGCCAUAUCUGCUCGUCUGUCUCGAGAAGGCGCCGUGGAACUCUUCGAGGUCAAGGGUGAUCUCCAAUUGCGAAUCACUGACCCUAGCUUGACUCAAGUCAAACUUGACCUUGCUCUUGGCGAUACCAAAGGCGCCCAGCUCAACGCACAUCCAAAGGUCGACAAGGCGCAGUUCAAGAACAACAACACGAUUCAACUUACAGACACCACCAAGGGUUUCCCAGCCAACAACAGCAUCCAGGUGAUGCGAUGGCGGCUCGUGGCAAAACCGGAUGAUGUUCAAGAACCCCCUAUCAAAUUCACGGUCUGGACCUCAGAGCUUUCGCCAAACACGUACAGCAUCACUGUCGAAUACGAGCUGACUGGCUCUGACCCUCUCAAGGAUGUAACUGUGGUCAUCCCAUACGCGACAUCUGAGCCUUCCGUCUCGAGCUUCGACGCUGUGUACGAGGUCAGCGGAGACAGCAUAGACUGGACCAUUGGCGAUGUGGACGAUAGCAAUCCUAGCGGAAGCUUUGAGAUUGAGGCUCAAGCAUCGUCGGAAAGCGAGUUCUUCCCGAUGCAGGUGCGCUUCGCAAAGAGCCGACCAUGGGUGGAUGUCGACGUGAACAGCGUGACCUUGUUGAACAUGAACCAGGAUGUAGGGUACAGCAAAGACAUUAGGUCGGUAGCUGAGAGCUACACCAUUGUCUGA